AUGCUUAUCAAAGAAUAUCGUGUAACACUUCCUUUAACAGUUGAAGAGUACCAAGUCGCACAGUUGUAUUGUGUCGCAGAAGUCUCCAAAAAUGAAACAGGCGGUGGAGAAGGGAUUGAGGUCAUCAAGAAUGAACCUUUCAAAGACUACCCCUUGCUUGGUGGCAAAUACUCUUCUGGACAGUAUACCUACAAGAUCUAUCAUCUUGCAUCGAAAGUGCCAGCUUUUAUCAGGCUUCUGGCACCAAAGGGCUCCCUAGAAGUACACGAAGAGGCGUGGAAUGCAUACCCAUACUGUCGGACUGUGCUAACGAAUCCUGGCUACAUGAAAGAAAACUUCGUAAUUUGCAUAGAGUCCUUGCAUCUACCUGACGUGGGCGACCAAAACAAUGUACACGAAUUGCCACCGGAAAAACUAAAGAACCGUGAAGUAGUGAACAUUGAUAUCGCAAACGAUCCGCUCCCGUCCGCGGACUACAAGCCGGAGACCGAUCCCACCAAGUUCAAGUCGACCAAGACUGGCCGCGGCCCCUUAGUGGGCCCCAACUGGAAGAAUGACGUGAAGCCAGUGAUGACCUGCUAUAAGCUUGUCACAGCAGAGUUCAAGUGGUUCGGUUUGCAGAGCAAAGUUGAAAAUGUGAUCCAGAAGUCUGAACGACGACUGUUUACUAUAUUCCAUAGGCAAGUGUUCUGUUCCAUGGACGACUGGUACGGCAUGACGAUGGCGGACAUCCGCGCCAUCGAGGAACGCACCAAGGAGGAGCUGGAGAAGUUGCGCCGCGAGGGUGAAGUGCGCGGCAUGCGCGCCGACAACGAG